AUGUUUGAGAAAGAUGCAAGCGAAGAAGAUUUCGAAAGGGAGCAAGCAGAACGUCGAGAAUAUGUGAAAAAUAUCGGUAUCGAGUAUAGAUUUGGAUGCUAUGAGGAAAAGCGACCUGAAAUGUGUCAGUUAUUGGGAGAAUACAUGGAAGCAAUCGAUCAAAAUUUCAAAGCGGCGUAUAAUAUAUUUAAAACAAAUUGUGAAGAAAAAGGAUUUCCGAGAAGCUGUUUUAAAUAUGCUAUGUAUCUUCUAGCUGGAAGAGAAUGUGAACCCAGCCGAAAAAAGAUGAUCGAGCCGCUGGAGAAGUCGUGUGAAGCUAAUAUGCCAAAAGGGUGUCGUUUUUUAUCACUAGUUCAUUGGAAUGGUGAAAAAGAUAGAAAGCCGAAUUCUGAGCUGGCCGAGAAAUAUAUGAAAAAGGCAUGUGAUUUGGAAGAUGCGGAAGCGUGUUGGUUAUUAAGUACUUGGUAUAUUGGACGUGAUGCUGAAUUUGUUACAUUAGGUGCAACGAAAUCUAAGCAUAGUUCACACUUGGGAGAACUUCCGCGAAAUAUCGAUUUAGCUAUCAAAUAUGGUAUCCGUGCUUGUGAUUUUGGUUGCUUUCAAUCCUGUGGAAAUGUUUCCAGGUUGUAUAGCCUAGGUGAUGGAAUCGAGCGUGAUCCGGUUAAGGCAAAGUUAUACUUGAAUAAAACAAAAGAAGCUUACAAACGUGCUGUGUCGGGUGAUAAGGUGGAUUUCACUGGUUAA